ACAAAACCCACCUCGCCAACCAACCCCCCCAGCCCUCUUCUUGUGAUACAUUUCGGGCAAAGAGAGGCACGUCUCAAUGUACUAAUUGAGCAUCGCAUCAACAAAUAACAUUUCACCACAGUUGAGCCAGAAGCGUGUGCAAAGUGAAUACCUAAUGCGAAAAUCAUUUAAAUCUAUUUAAGUUUCGGUAUGGAGCUUCACCGAUAAACCAAAACCACCGAUCCGGGGAAAGACGCCAAAUCUCCGUCUAAGAAAUUUUCCAACCCUCUCUCUCCCUUCAUGUCGAAGGAACCCAAUAGGGUGGGCCCAAUUACACACGUGAGGGAUGCUUUUUGCCUUAACAAUCACGCGCUAAAUUUUGCGGAGAUGCCAUUCCCCGUAGUUUGGCGGCAUUUUCCCUUAAGUUCGGGAAAGCCACAAAUUAAUCCCACGUAAUUGUCGUAAUUGAUCUCCAUCGUGGCUUUUGGUUUGGAGACAAUCAAUUUAAUUCCAUUUUGGAAUAAACUAAAUCCACUUCUGUUUAUUGUUGAAUUUAUCUACUUAAGCAAUUUGUAGUUUACGUCAAGUAAUAACCUACGCACGUUAAAAAAAUGUAAAUUAACGUGAGAAAAAAGCUUUGACGUAAGUCAAGUAAGCUUUAAUAAUAUAUUUUUCUCUUUUUCGUAGAUAAUUUUAAUCAAUAUUAAUUUAAAAAAAUUAAUAAGUAAAAAUGUAUACUAAACGUUAGAAAAAAUAACGUCAAACAUUUCAACAAAAAGAAACGUCAAACGUUAGAAAAGCAACAUCAGACGACAGUUCAAAAGAAACUGCAAACGUUGAAGAAUUUUUUGAUUUAAGAAAAAUGUCAGAUGUUUAAACUUCUGUCAAUUAUGGAAAGAGAAACGUCAGACGUUAAAAAAAAAAGAAUCGUCAAACGUUAGAAGAAAAAUGUCAAACAUUUCUAACAAAUUAUCAUGUCGUUUUCUAGGCAAUUUUUAACGUCUGUCAAAUUGAUAAAAAAAAUUCUAAAAAACAAUUUUUAAAAAAAUUAAAAAGUUUUUUUUUAUAUGUCUAACGUUAAAGAAAACGUCAAAUGUUAGAAUAAACGUCAAAAAUUGACUUUAAUUCUACGGCUUCGUACGAAAUAUGACCUAAUAAACUAAGUUAGUACCUAUAGAAAAAAAUUAACCAGACAUUCAUUCUUAUUUCGUGAUUUUCCUUACGUGUUUUCUAACGUUUUUUUCUUUGAAAAUUCCUCAACUGUUUUAGAUACUCUGUUGCAUGUCCGCCAAUAGAUGACUCUGCGAUUGAUCGCGCACGUUUCCUUACCUCAGUACGGGCCUGGGAUUAUUGUUUAUCUUCUAGUUCUUGACAACCACAGCAAAAUAAAAACCAAGUUCGGCACUUGAAAUUUCACAAAAAUCUCACGAAAUUCCUUAAAGAAUUAUGAGUUUUUGUUAAAUAAUUUUUAAAAACUAAUUUUUGUAUUUUUUUAAAUAGUGUAAAGUGAAGUUCUUUACAAUGAAUGCCAUUCAGUUGCUUGAGAGAGCCGUGGAGUUUGAUAAUUCCGGAAGGCAUGUUGAGGCUGUGAAAUUGUACGAAGAAGGUGCAGAAGGAUUAGCCACAAUGGCACGAAACGCAACAGAUCCAGCAAAAAGGAGGCAUUUUGAAGCAAAAAUUCAGGAGUACAGAAAUCGGGCUAAAUUGCUGAAAGAUCAACAGGAAAGGAUGCGCACGAAAGGAGAGAUUAAGGAUAAAAUACUAAUUGUUGAAAAUUCAACAGGACACAGCUAUAAAAGUCUUUUUGGGAAAUAUUUGGAUGGAAAUGUUAAGGAAAUUCUUGUGGAGGAACCCUAUUUGAGGGAACAUUUUCAAUUGACGAAUUUAGUGAUGUUUUGCGAAUUAGCCGUUGUGAAUUGCAAAAAUCUCAAAUGCAUCAAUGUUAAAACCACCAAAGCUGGUCCAGAUCAACUGGAAGCCUUUAAGCAGCUCAAUGAAAGCCUUAAGACGUUGCGUGGAGUUAAUCUAAGUGUUGAAUUUUCCGAUCAUAUCCACGACAGGCAGAUUCUCCUCAGCAAUGGCCAUAUUAUCAAAAUCGGACGAGGUUUAAAUUACUUCAAGAAAGCCGAAAAAUACUGCCUUGGAACGUAUGACUUUGACUUUCGUGAGUGCCGUGAAACCAAUGUUGACAUCCUCUUCUGUCCUGAAAAUAUAAAAUAAAACUCAAGAAAAAUGUAAAAAUUCUUUUCAAAUUAAUGUGAUUUUUUUGGCCAAGAAAUUUAAAAGUAAAUUACAAUCUUGAUGA